AUGACGCAAUCAGGACCGUCCCAGAACGUGGGAGACACCAUCCCAAACAAUACUGCCCAUGCAGUCUCUGUGACGUUGCCCACAUGGCGGGCUGUGGUCGGGUACGAGGAAGGUGAGUCAUGGGUCCUGGAGAAAAUGACAUCUGGGUACCCUAGAUUUUUCAUCCAUAGCAUCAUCCAAGAUUUGGCUAAACGCAUAGAAGCUAAGUAUGUUAGAGAUGGAGAAAGGUGCAUGUUGUUUCCUUCCUCGGCUGUUGCGAAACGUUGUCGUGAAUUCAUCAGGGCCAAAUCUAAUAAGCCUAAUUUGGGCAGGCGCCUUCUUCAAUUUACAACCAGCCCGCCAAGAACAGAGUUUGAGAAAUCCUCUGUUCUUGAAUGCACAAUAGUUUGCGUUAUCAUGCCCGAGGAGGACUUUCCUCUCGCCAAGCAAUACUGGCAACACGCGGGUGAAGGAGUUUCAUCUAGAUUGGCUGAAUACGUCUUGAAGGAGUUGUUCGAGAAAGAAGAGAAGCCACAAGGACGGAGAAGCAGAAGCAAACAAGAACUUCAAGCACAGAACAUACAGAGAAAAUCCCCAUCCAUCUCAGCAUCCAUGCGCUCGGAGUCCAUGUCUCAAAACGAGAACGUGGACAGAGAAUUCAACACUUUCAUUGAGCAAAAGUAUGGCCGUGUUUUGGAUCUCAAAUUUGCCACUCAGGCCAAAGUUGCUUUGCGCCGGAGAAUUGCUGGCAAAGCAGAUCUCGGUCAAACAGACCAGGAAUAUGCAACAGUUGAAGACAAGAAAAGAGGAACGAAUAUCAACGAAGAUGACGUGUACUUGUACCCCACCGGAAUGGCUUCCAUAUUCAAUGCUCAUCAAGCAAUACUUGGAAUUUCUCUGAUUGCGAAAAAACUGGUGUGUUUUGGAUUUCCUUACGUGGACACUUUGAGCAUAUUGAGGAAAUUUGGACCGGGUUGUCACUUCUAUGGAUUCGGUGACGAUGAUUCGCUAGAUGUAAUGGAGAAGGGAUUGGAGUCUGGUGAUAUUGACAUUGCUGGAUUCUUCUGUGAGUGCCCCUCAAACCCUUUGUUAAAGACACCCAAUUUAAAAAGAGUGCGUGCCCUUGCUGACAAGUACAACUUUGUGGUGGUCAUUGACGAGACUGUGGGAAAUUUCUUGAACGUAGCUGUUCUUCAAUAUGCUGACAUGAUCGUUUCCUCAUUGACAAAGAUUUUUUCGGGAGAUUCCAACGUGAUGGGAGGCUCCUUAAUUUUGAACAGGUCAUCGCCUAUGUACCGCAAAUUAAAAGGGUAUUUUGACAUUAACUAUGAAGAUAUUGUCUGGGCAGAAGACGCGUUGUACUUGGAACGAAACUCCAGAGAUUUCGAAGAGAGGUCAAAAAAAGUUAAUGAGACGUCAUUAGCUGUGGUGGAGUUGUUGCAGUCAAGCCCACUUGUGUCUCAGAUAUUCUAUCCUUCAAUCUCUGAAAGCAGGAAGUUCUACGAUGAAAUUAAGACGCUGGUUGGCGGCUAUGGAGGGUUGAUUUCAUUUUUUUUGAAAGAGCCGAAGCGGGCGCCCGCGUGUUUUGACGCCAUGAACUUGCACAAGGGCCCUUCUUUGGGUACUAAUUUUUCUCUAGCAUGCCCUUACGCGAUUCUUGCGCAUUACCAGGAAUUAGACGAGGUAGAAAAAUGGGGAGUGGACAGAAACUUGAUCAGAAUCAGUAUUGGAUUGGAGGAUAAGGAUGAAUUGCUUGCCACUUUGCAAGAUAGUUUGGACGUUGCUGCUGCCGUGCCAUAA